GGUCUAGAGUAGCUAGUCCGGUGUUGCUUCGACAAAGGCAUGGCAAGAAGGAGAUAUGCCAAACUGCCGUGCGAUGCGGCGAGCACGGCGAGAUGCCGAUGGCAGUGUGAAGCUGCAGUGUUGCGUGAGGCAGCAAAGUUGUGUGAUGCGACAAGCGCAUGGGCCGCAAAGCGAACCGGCUGGCCGAAUGGAUUAGUUAGAUGCAUGCAAGUGGUUAGCCAACUUCGUGGGUAAGUAGUGGCCGCAUAGAGGUUGUUAUCUGGUCAAGGGGUGUGCAUGUAGUUAGCUGUUGAUUACUUUGCAUGCAUAAGUUAGUUAGCGCACAAGUUGUGAAGCCACCGAUCGUGCAGAUCCUGGAGUGAUUCUAGGUGAGAGAGAGGGGGUCAUGUGUGAGUAUGUGACUUAGUGGCCUGGCUGUGCUUAGUGCCUGCGUGAGUCACUUGUGUAUAUAUAUGUCAUAUUCAGUAAUGAGAAGGGAGGCCGUGAGGGCUGAGCACCAAAGAUGUAGCCAAUGUAUUCAUCAAGGAGAGAGCGCCCUGGCAAAGCUAGAGGCUUGUCUUCUCCUUGGGGUGUGUGUGUGUGUGUUGAGUUCUUCUCAUCAGUGUGAGUUCUUGUGUGAGACAAAAUCAUGAGAGGGAGAUAUGUGAGGAAGAAGAGGCGGCGCUGCGAGGAGGCUGCGCCAACAGCGUGCGCCUACCACGAGGCGGCAGGCGUGCUGCGCGGGAACAGCACGCGCACCAACUUCGCUGCACGGCACGGCGCCGCAGCCAGGCUGAGUAAGAGGCAGUACGUCGUGGCGAGGGCGGCCGCGGGCAGGUCGUCGUCGGCGUGCGGUGCCGGGGUGGGCGACCAGUUUGCGCUCGUCGCUGUGUUACGGGACUGGCAGCAGCCGGCGCUCUCGCCGCAGCUGUCCCUAGGCUGCCGCGCCAAGGCAGAGACCGUGCACGUGGCGGCCAACUCGGUGCAGCCCAGCUUCGUCGUGCCGAGCCGAGCGGAGGCGCCGCCGCCGUCGGUAACAGUGGGAGAAGCUGGAGACGAUCUUUGGGCCACCGACGUUUUGGAGUUGGACGGCAGCACGGAGACGAGCGCAAAGAAGGCGUUUAAGGUGUUAUCGUCUGUGAUCGUGCCGUCCAAGUUCGGUGCACCGCCGGAGUCGUUUGGCCUCGACGGUUUGUAGCAAGGAACGUCCGCGCGUUUCGUUUGCAUGCACGGUGCACUCCGGCUCCCUUUGCUUGCACGACCAUCUCCUAAACCCUCCAUUAUUUUCAUCAACUUCUUAGUGUAGCGCAGGGGCAAAGAAGAGGAAGGAUCUUGUUAUAUGCAAAGCCAGA